CGUAUGCCUACUUCCUCAAGAAAAAAAGCAGACGUACCUCCUCCUCCUUCCUCCACCGGUCACCAUGUCGGCCAAAUCCAUUUUCCGGCGACACCCCUUUCCCGGAUUUCUCACCCUCCUCUGCAUUUUGUUCUUCAUCUGUCCAUGCCAGUCCGAUGAACUUCAGACUCUUCUUAAUCUGAAAUCCUCUCUUGAAAACUCGAAGACUAACAUUUUUGAUUCGUGGACGCCGGAAAAUUCUGUCUGCAAGUUCACCGGAAUUGUCUGUGACUCCAACGGAAUUGUGAAAGAAAUCAAUCUUUCUCAAGAGAAUCUGUCUGGGACUCUUCCUUUUGAUUCAAUUUGCUCUCUGAAAUCCCUCGAAAAACUUUCUCUGGGCUCAAAUUUCUUGAAUGGAAGCAUCACUGAUUACUUGAGAAAUUGUAAAACCUUGCAGUAUUUGGAUUUGGGUGAGAAUUCAUUUUCCGGUAAAGUCCCGGAUUUGUCUUCUUUAAGCCAAUUAAAGUUCUUGAAUUUGAAUCGCAGUGGAUUUUCCGGUCAAUUUCCAUGGAAAUCACUGGCAAAUCUUACGAGCCUCACUUUCUUGAGCCUUGGUGACAACCCGUUUGAUAAAAGUUUAUUUCCAAUAGAAGUGUUAAAGCUUGAGAAAUUGUACUGGCUUUACCUCACAAACUGUAGUAUUGGAGGGAAAAUUCCAGAGGAAAUUGGAAAUCUUACUCUUCUGGGAAACCUCGAGCUUUCUGAUAAUCACUUGUUCGGCGAAAUUCCGGUGGGAAUUACCAAACUGAUUAAUCUUCGCCAGCUUGAGCUUUACAACAAUGAACUCACCGGAAAGUUUCCGGUGGGCUUUGGUGGACUCAUGAAUCUAGUUAACUUUGAUGCCUCCACUAACAACCUUGAAGGUGACCUCUCAGAGCUCAAAAAUUUAACCCAUAUUGCAUCGUUGCAGCUCUUCGAAAACCAAUUCUCCGGUGAGAUUCCGGCUGAGUUUGGUGAUUUCGAGUUCCUCCAAGAACUCUCUCUCUACACAAACAAGUUCACUGGCUCUCUCCCACCAAAAAUUGGGUCAUGGGCUGAAUUCUUAUACAUUGAUGUUUCAGAAAAUUUGUUAACUGGUCAUAUACCUCCUGAUAUGUGCAAGAAAGGCACAUUGACUGAUCUUCUGAUGCUCCAGAACAAUUUCAAUGGUGGAAUACCAGAAAGCUAUGCUGAAUGUUCUUCGUUGGUUCGUCUGCGAAUAAACAACAAUUCACUUUCGGGUAUAGUUCCUCCAGGAAUUUGGAGUUUGCCGGCAAUUAAGAUCAUUGAUCUCACUUUGAAUCAGUUCAAAGGUCCAGUGACUUCCAAUAUUGGUGAAGCCAAGUCUCUAGCUCAGCUUUUUCUAGCUAAUAAUGGAUUUUCUGGCGAAUUACCGACGAAUAUAUCAGGAGCUUCAUCGUUUGUGGCAAUUAAUUUGAGCUCGAAUCAGUUUUCUGGUCAAAUUCCAGAAUCAAUAGGCAAAUUGAAGAAAUUGGGCAGUCUUCAUAUGGAGGAUAACCUGCUUUCAGGUGCUAUACCAAGCUCACUAGGCUCAUGUGUGUCUCUCAAUGAUUUAGGUCUCUCUGGCAAUUCGCUUUCUGGGGAAAUUCCGGCUACUCUUGGUUAUUUACCGAGUUUGAACUCAUUAAAUCUAUCAGAUAACAAGCUUUCUGGUGAAAUUCCAAUGAGCUUGUCGUCGUUGAGACUAACUGUUCUUGAUCUAUCGAACAACAGGUUGAUUGGCAGUGUACCGGAAUCUUUAUCCAUAAAUGCGUUUAGUGGUAGCUUUGCUGGAAAUCCAGGCCUAUGUAGCCAGAGUAUGAGAAAUCUCCGGCGAUGUUCGUCAGAUUCCAGCAGUUCUGGCAAUGCAAGGACAAUGAUACUUUGCCUCAUUGCUGGGGCUAGUGUGUUGGUUAUGUCACUUAUAUGUUUCAUUUAUGUGAAGUUUAGGCCCAAAAAUAAGGACCCUCUGAUUAAUCGACAUGAUUCUUGGGCUAUGAAACAGUUUCAUUUACUAAGCUUUAGUGAAGAGGAAGUAGUAAAAGCACUCAAAAAGGAAAAUUUGAUUGGCAAGGGUGGCUCAGGAAAUGUGUACAAGGUCAUACUAAGAAAUGGAAACCAACUAGCUGUGAAGCACAUAUGGAAGUCGUACUCCAGUGACCGGAAUAGUUGCCGGAGUAGCAUGGCAAUGCUGGGAAACGGGAAGGGCCGGUCACCAGAGUAUGACGCCGAGGUGGCCACAUUGAGCUCAAUUAGACAUGUGAAUGUAGUAAAGUUAUACUGUAGCAUCACAAGUGAGGAUUCGAAUCUGCUAGUUUAUGAGUAUAUGCCCAAUGGAAGUUUGUGGGACCGGUUACAUACGAGUGGAAAGAUUGAGAUGGAUUGGAUGGUUCGAUAUGAGAUCGCUGUGGGGGCCGCCCGGGGGUUGGAGUACCUGCAUCAUGGUUGUGAUAGACCGGUGAUACACCGUGACGUGAAGUCAAGCAAUAUUCUGUUGGAUGAGCAGAUGAAGCCCAGGAUUGCAGAUUUUGGUCUAGCGAAGAUUGUACGGGCCAAUGCUGCUUGGGACUCUACACAUAUCAUUGCAGGGACUCACGGCUACAUUGCUCCUGAGUAUGGGUACACUUACAAGGUGACUGAGAAGAGCGAUGUCUACAGCUUUGGGGUAGUUCUGAUGGAAUUAGUAACGGGAAAGAAGCCCGUGGAACCGGAAUUUGGAGAGAGCAAGGACAUAGUCCAGUGGGUAUGCAGUGAAAUGAGAAACAGAGGCAGUGUGGUUGAUAUGGUGGAUUCCUGUAUUUCCAAGACCCUAAAGGAAGAUGCAGAGAAUGUGUUGAGAAUUGCAAUUCACUGCACAGCGAGGACUCCGGCACUACGACCCUCCAUGAGAAUGGUGGUGCAGCUGUUGGAAGAGGCCGAGCCGGGCACGCUGAGUGGAAUAAUUUUCAGCAAAGAGGGUGAAACUAAUGAGCUGCAGAGUAAUGGUAAAGUUUGAUACAAGGGCUUAAAACAUAUAAGCUAAAGAUUGUUUUGUUGGUGGUUUACAUGAAGUGAGACACUAUGAAUGAAGAGCUCAAGAAGGGUGUUGGCUAAAUGUUUAUGCCUCAACAUCUUUAAGUGCAACAAGUCUCUAAGCGUUUAGACAGCUAGAGUGCCUAGCCUGGGAGGGUUGGUGUAAUGGCUCUCAGAUUGUUGGGGGAGAGAGAGAGCGAGAGAUCUGUAAGGUUCUAUAUUGUGAAAAAGGGCUCAAUUGAGCAGGUGACACGAG